UAUUUAUUAUGUAUGCAGUAUUCUGUCUGUGUGUAUGCCUGAAGGCCAGAAGAGGGCACCAGACCUUAUUACAGAUGGUUGUGAGCCACAAUGUGGUUGCUAGGAAUUGAACUCAGGACCUUUGGAAGAGCAGGCAAUGCUCUUAACUGCUGAGCCAUCUCUCCAGCCCCCAUGUCCUUUAGCAUCUUAUUUUUGACACAGUUCAAAGCAAGCAGUAGGGCUCAGCCCAUUCCACUGCCCCAGUCUUGCCGAUAGACAAGAUUAGAUCUGGAGGUAAAAUUGAUAUAAAAUAAAAUGAGUAGAUCUUCCUUUACUAGUUGGUAAGUUCUGAGCAGUCUAUACACUUCUUUGUCUGCCAACACCCCUUCAGUCAGACCCUGCCUCUCCAGCCCCCAAAGGCUGCCAUCAUUCUUCUGUCCUUCAACUGUAGACUUGCUGUCUUAUUCUGGGAUGUACUUUUUUUAUUUAAUAUUAUUUUUUUUUCAAGACUGGGUUUCUCAGUGGCUUUUGGAGCUGGGAUGUACUUUAAAUAUAGGCACAUAGCCUAAGCUCUUUGCUCUAAGCUUUUUGUUACUUGGCAACCUUUGUAUUUGUUAUGUUGCUUCCCUACUACAGUCACUGUAUUUAUAAGACAGUAUUUAGCCUUCUGUUGACGGAUCCCUGCGUUGGUCCCAGUAUGAGGCCAUUUUGAAUGAAUUUCCUGUGAGCAUGCUUAUGCACGUCUUUUGUGGGUGAAUGAUUUUGUCUCGGGUAAAUGCAUCAAACUGGAAUAGCUGGGUUAGAGGUGGGCCUGUACUUUGUCUUAUAAGAAACCUGCAAACUGUCCCCAUAGGCUGUGCCCUGUCAGUCUGUGGAUAGUGUAGGGGCUAAAGGUGUCUAUACCCUUGUUAACAUUUGGUGUUAUGAUCCCUCGGUGCAGUAGAAUUUUUUUUUCAUGUGUGCAUGAGCUGUUUAUCUCUCUUUAUGAAGUUUUUGCUCACAAGCUUUGCCCAUGUUUUGGUUUCUAUUUUAUUCUUAUAAAAUUAUGUAUAUUUAAAAAUCUAUUAUUUGUGUAUCUCUGUGUAUGUAUACAGGCAUGUGUAUCACAUGGACAUUGUGGAGUUCAGAAGACAACUUUAAGAAGUCACUUUCCUUCUUUUACCAUGGGUUCCUAAGGUCACACUCAGGUUUUCAGGUGAAUGUGUACGUGCUGGGGAAGACGUUCCUGCUCUUGGCGAGGGAGCUCUGCAUCAACGCACCGGCUAUAGACCCAUGCUUGUACAUUCCACGUUUUGCUCAUCUACUGGAAUUUGGGGAGAAGAACCAUGAAGUAUCCAUGACAGCCCUGAGGCUUCUGCAGAGAAUGAAGAGGGAUUGGAUGCACACAGGGCGGCGCCCCUCUGGCCUCUGUGGAGCAGCACUUUUGGUUGCAGCCAGAAUGCAUGACUUCCGGAGAACCGUCAAAGAAGUCAUCAGUGUGGUCAAAGUGUGUGAGUCCACACUACGGAAGAGGCUCACAGAAUUUGAAGACACUCCAACCAGUCAGCUCACCAUUGAUGAGUUUAUGAAGAUUGACCUGGAAGAGGAAUGUGACCCUCCUUCAUACACAGCUGGACAGAGGAAGCUGCGCAUGAAGCAGCUGGAACAGGUCCUGUCAAAAAAGCUAGAAGAAGUCGAAGGUGAAAUAUCCAGUUACCAGGAUGCUAUUGAAAUUGAGCUAGAAAACAGCCGGCCAAAGGCAAAAGGCGCUCUUGCCAACUUGUCAAAGGAUGGCUCCGGUGAGGACGCCACAUCCAGCCCAUUCUGUGAGGAAGACACGGAGGAUGAAGAGCUGGAGGCUGCUGCCAGCCACAUGAACAAGGACUUUUAUCGAGAGCUCCUGGGGGAUGAUGACAGCUCAGAAGCAGCACAAGGUCCUGAUGGGGGCAGCAGGCCCCUCGCCCUGGAGUCCUUACUUGGCCCAUUGCCCACAGCAGCCAGCCUGGGCAUCUCCGAUUCCAUCCGAGAGUGCAUCUCCUCCCCAAGUGGGGACCCCAAAGACACUUCAGGAGACGGGGAGCUGGACCUCAGUGGCAUCGAUGACCUUGAAAUUGACAGAUACAUCUUGAACGAGUCAGAAGCCCGGGUAAAAGCUGAGUUGUGGAUGCGUGAAAAUGCUGAGUACCUGCGGGAGCAGAGGGAGAAAGAAGCAAGAAUAGCAAAGGAAAAGGAGCUUGGUAUCUAUAAGGAGCACAAGCCCAAGAAGUCUUGCAAACGCCGGGAGCCAAUCCUGGCCAGCACAGCUGGGGAGGCUAUUGAAAAGAUGCUGGAACAGAAGAAAAUCUCCAGCAAGAUCAACUACAGUGUGUUGCGGGACCUUAACAGCAAGGGUGGGGGCAGCCCAUCCAGAGAGGACUCACAGCCCCCAGAACGUGCCAGCACCAAGAAGUUGUCACGAAGGAAAAGAACAGCUAGCAGGAGCAGUGCUGACCCUGGGACAAGCAUGGGGAAGAGGUUGAGGCCUUUGGUGUCUACACAGCCAGCUAAGAAGGCAGCUGUGGGAGAGGCCUUGCUUUUAAGUUCCCCUGCCCUGGGAACUGAACCAAUCAAGCCAUCAGCUGUCUUGGUGGAGAGUGGCCCUGUGUCCUACCAUCCUGAUGAGGAUGCAGAUGAGGAGGACGCUGAAGAAGAGGAUGGAGAGCCUUGCGUCAGUGCUCUGCAGAUGAUGGGUGGCAAUGAUUACGGCUGUGAUGGUGAUGAGGAUGAUGGCUACUAAGUAGAACUCAAGGCAGAAUCCUGGUGCUGGACUCCAAGUGUAUCUGUGGAGGUCAGAUGGGCCCUGGGGCACGGCUCACAGGCAUGAUUUCUGGACUCAACCGGUCAAGCACUGCCCCACUUGAUUUGAAGCUCUCUUUCUAUGGCCACAUUGGGGGCCCCAUCAUACUGUUGGGAAUCAUGUUUUGAGCAAUGUAAGGAAUAUUUUUGCCCAACAAGGGAAGCCAGCUGUGUGUUUAUGUGUAAUGAAACAUGGUCAGAGAACAGCCUGGUCUUGCUCUUACCCUACUAGUCUGUGAUUCUCCAGAGAUCCCCAGGCAGGCUCUGUGUGUUCCUGUCAUAAGGAGAUCAAAACACAAAGGGGCUUUACUUAGGAAGUAGAACCUUGGUCUUAGCUUGCUGCCAGUGUUCUGCCUGCCCUUCACACCCUGGACGGAUAGGUGUUGGGCAGAAGAUGUGUGGCAGUUACUGCUGUAUGGUUAGCAGCUAUAGUCUGGAGCCCCUGCCUUUUACUGCAGCCGCAGCUUCCUGUGGAGGCGGAUAUGAGCUCUGCCAUCUCUGAAGUCCGUUCACUGUCUGGAGCCACCAGGAGCAUUACAGGCCUCAGCCUUUCACAUAGGACUCAUCAAGUUCAUCAGCAGCGCUCAGAAAGUGGAAACCUGGAGACCAUAUGCAUUUGCUAAUGUCCAGCACAACCUAUGUGGAAUUCUGUCAAGAAGGCCCACAAGCUGUUUCCUCACGAGAAGGCUCAGGACUAUAUCAGUGCACUUAACUCAGAUCUCCCUUUCCUAGAUGCAGCCCUGGAUGUGAGUCCCUGGGCGGAGUACUGGUCUCUGUUUCAAAUCAAGAGGUGGGGACCAGGCUUGAGAUGAUGAGGUGUGGGGAUGCUGCUGAUGAAAGUAGAUGGGUGGGACAGAUAUGGAGUGGUUUUGGUGAGAAGAUUGCAAAAUACUUUUGGAUUUUGGAGUAUGGAAUUAGGGAAUCAAGGAUCCUUCCUAGGGUGGGGGCCAACUUCACAGGAGUGAGGUCCGAACCAUGGUAGGGAGCCAUGACACUGGUCCAGAGUAAUUUUAGGGUGUUUGUAUACUUACAUGUAACAGGAUUUACCUAUGGCAUGGAGAGAGUACAGGGAUGAGGGGUGGCUGGUAAGGACUGCAGGAAUAGGGCUGGAGAGUGGCUCAGAGGUUAAGAGCACUGGCUGCUCUUUCAGAGGUCCUGAGUUCAAUUCCAGCAACCACAUGGUGGCUCACAGCCAUCUAUAAUGAGGUCAGGUGCCCUCUUCUGGUGUGCAGGCAUACAUGGAGGCAGAAUGUUGUAUACAUAAUAAAUCCUAAAAAAAAAAAAAAAAAGAAGAAGAAGAACAACAACAACAACAACUUCAGGAAUAGAAACAAGUACCCUAGAACAGGAGCUGAGGCCUCUCCCCAGCUGUGCCUUUUUUCUUGUGAGACAGCAAGAAGGGUGUCGUCAAGGCUGGACAAUGGGCAAGAGCCAGGAAGGAGUAAUUGAGUCCCACACUACUAAGGAGAGGGUUGAAGAAAGUCAGGACAGAGGGAGGGGGACAGUGAGAACUGUCUCUAGAAGAUGGGUGAGUAACAUAGUGGGAGGUCCUGAAAUGGUUGAGACCCAGGUACUGAGGAGUAGGGUCCAGUAGGGGGCAUCCGUGAAGUGGGCAAGGGUACCUCUGGGCUGCGGCCACAGCCUUGUGUGAGCUGCCACCAGCAUUAGUGUAAGGCUCAAGGAGGCAUUGGGUCUGUAUGACCCUGUUCUGCAUACACUUGUCCAUUUCUCUGCUCUUUUCUGACUUGAGAUUACCACAUUAUCCCUUUGCCUCGGUCUUCCCAGAGUGCAGAGCAGUGCCUUAGGCAGUCUUCUGGGACAGAACCAGGCCUCACCACAUUGAACCUUAGAAAGAGGGAGUCCAUUGGAUUCUAGACUGCAUUCUAGACUGGGAUCCUGUCUGGUCUACACAUUUGAGUGCUGAUUAGACAGGAAGUCCUACUUUCUCUGCCUCUUUUAUCCUCUCCUACUGCCUUUCUGCCAGCGCGGGGGGGGGGGGGGGUGUAGGGGAGGCAGCCUGCAGGCUGCACUACCCAAGUUUCUUGCCAGCUGCCUGAACUGAGGAACCUCGUACUUGGUGGUUACCACCGUCCUCUGCAAGCUGGUGAUCACCAGCACAAGACAGUAUCACUUAGCAAGAUCCCUGAUAACCGAGCACAUCUAAGCUUAGCAGAAUGUGUGCUUGUCUUUAGAGGUCAUGGGAUUGCUUGUAGGAGUGGGGCCACAGAGUGAGAGAAGUCAGCAGUGGAGGGCAGGGUGGCGCUCCCACUUGGAGUUCUUCCAUCCAGAGCUAUUGGGUCCAGGAGGAGCUUGUGCAGCCUACCCUGGACCCCAGUUUCCUAUCCAGCUGCUUUUUCCAACUGUAUACCUACUGAAGCAGGAGUGAAAUAAGUCCUGUGGAAGGUGGAGAGUGAGCUCUGACCAUGCCACCACCUUUGGUCAUAAUCUUGGCACCUGUCCAGGACCCAGGGGACAUGCACACCUUGCCCUUGCUCCAGCCACAGGAGUCCAUUCCUCUCCCACACAUAAUUUGGCCAUGGGCUCAGCUAAAUGGAUUUUUGCCUCUGUGCUUAAAGUAGCUAUCACCAGAUGCAUGCUUGGUUAGAUGAUAGGGACCCUACAGGAAACCCCAGAAGCCAAAGAGGCAGGGCCUUAAUGGGUGUUGCUAAUGCAGGAGUGGGGUGCAUGCAUCUUAGGAGCACCUGUUAGACCCAGCAUUCCUCCUUGUUCUCCCUUCUUUGAGGCAUAGGAUAGGGACUAAGUGAAGAAAGAGGGCCUAAGUGGCUUUGUACCCUCUACAGGCUGCUGCCUGCAUGGUGGAUAACUCGGGUUCUAAUUGCUCUCUGCUCAGCAAUUUAGGCUGAGUUAGAAGCAUUGACGCAUGGUGUUAUAGACAGUAACUGGAACUGGGUCAAGGGUGGCUUCUUUUUGUUGUUGGUAGUAUGGUUCUGGGUUUGGGUUUUUUGUUGUUGCUGUUUGUUUUUGUGGAAUUUUUGUUGUUGUUGGUUUUUUUUGUUUUUGUUUUUUUGAGGCAGGGCUGUUCUGGAACUCGCUCUGUAGACCAGGCUAGCCUCAGACUCAGAAAUCUGCCUGCCUCUGCCUCCUGAGUGCUGGGAUUAAAGGUGUGAGCCAACACCGCCCAGCAGGGUGGUUUCUUGAGAGUUCUUCCAGUCUAGGGAACCAAGCCUAGGCCAGCCCUGGAAGGCCUUGAUUUAGAAAAGAGAUCACUGGCUUACUGGAACUAGAGCAUGAUGCAGGCCACCAGCCCUGCAGGCCCACAACCCCUCCGCAACCCUUGCAAGCUCUGGGCACACCCUAACUGGAAUUGAAUAUCCUAAGUCAGUGUAGACGGGGGUGUCUGACUUCAUUUGCCCCUCCUUGAAGCAUAUAUAGUCUCUGAAGCCUUGGAUGUAACACUUUUCAGGCAAGCCUGUGACAGUGACUGAAAUCUUGGGCCCCUUCUGGCCACAGAGGAAGCUCUGUGAUCAUUGGAGCAAAACACCUGUUUGACUUCCCCCUAGUCCAACCCAUUUCUGUUCCUCUGCUAAGGUGGAGGGACCAAGUUUCUCCAUACCCCAAGAGUCCCCUGAUGGCUGUACCCAGGGCGGUGAUGUACGCAAUACAGGUUGGUGUUGUAUAUGGCAAUGGUGAUGUCUGUUGAGAGUGUCCCUAUCAUUACCUUCUGAAGCUCCCUUCCUGUCCUCUCUGUACCUUCUGCAGCCUCCAAGAGUACAGGGGCCUAGCCAAGGACAACAGGCUUACUCCAAGAAAGCCUUGGGAGGACUUUGGAGGAGGUAGCCUCCUUCCUGAGGUGCUGUAAGUUUACUUAUCCCUGUCAGGACUGGGCUCUCCACAUGAACUAUAAGGUUGUGUGCUUUGCCCUGGAGAUGGGCAAGCAUGAGUUUGAUCACUCAUGAGAGUGUGUACUUCCUUGAGAUGGUAGUUACCUAGCCACCUCUGGUGGUCUUGGGCUAGGUGGAGUUAUUCAGUACCAUUGCUUUGUGGGGCCACAGACCAGAACACACAGUCCCCAAGCCCUUCGCUUACACUGCCCUGACCCAGUAAACCCCAGAUGGGGGUGGGGAAACAGCAAGACAAGUGAGCUAGAAGCACAUGUCAGGCCAGCUGGGCAGAAGUAGGGGGCACAGUAGGUGGAGGAGAAGCCAGACACUUAGUAGACUGAGCCUCAGAGAUACAGGACCUGUAGGUACAUAUCUGCUGGUGAAUUGGAGUACUGUACUUGUCCAUAACAAGCCUAGUGAUUGGCUUGAGCUGCCCCCUCUGGUGGCUGCUUGCAGCACUGUUUCUUGAAGGACUUUGCUGGAUAUAACUUUUAGCCAUUAAAGCUGACCUGGGUUUUUUCUCUGCUUGGGUGAUACAGUUGACUGGCCCUCUCACUGAACCCACCCCCUACUCUGCAAUCCAACAAAUAGGAGUGCCUCAGAACCUGAACUUAGGGGACUGGCAGGGAUGUGGGCUGGCACACAGCUCCUGAAGCAGCACACCUCCAAGGCCUCCUUAGACUUAAGAUACUGAUUGUACAACCAGCACCCUCUUGCCCUCGUCUGUCCCAUUCACAGGACUCAGUCACUCUGCAAAAGUGCCUUGACCUUUUGGGGGACCCUGAGGUAUCAACUCAGCUUCAGGUAAAGUGGUUGGGAUGGGGGUGGUGCUAUCCUAGUCUGAGUAAACUAUGCAAGUAAGGGUCUCCAGUCCAAAAGGGGUUUCAGGAAGAGCUCUUAGGCAGUGGGGGGUGGGGGAGUCACUCAGCCUCUGCAUGUUACUGAGCUCUGUUAGGUGGGCCACUGUUUCCUUGGUGAUCGGAACCUGUGUUUAUACCCUGAGCUACAUGCCUAGAGAGAUGGCUGGUCCCUAGGGUGCUUGGGCUAUAACAGGCUGGAAAGGGGUAAAGUCAGGUUCCAAGCUGUACUUGGCGCCUGAGGUCUAUCCAGAACUUCAAGGGGCUGUGGGCAGUAGUAAUGGGCAGACUUUAUGGUUUUCCUGUUGGGAGAGGAACCUAAAUCAGGAGAGCUAUUGUACCCAAACAAUGGACCUGGCUAAGACCCAUGAGAGCAGUCGCCCCAAGCUGGUGGGACCCAACCCAUUUCAACCAUCACUCACUUUCACUCCUCAACCUGACCUUGGGUCUAGCCUGUCCUGAACCUCAUUCUGUCAAACUCUUGGUUCCUGCCAUCCCAGCUAACCCUGAAUGGGAAGGAGCAUGGAUGUGCUCCCAAAACAUCUACAAAGGGUUUUAAUGCAUAAUGCACCUUGCAUCCCAGCUCAGUGAAAGCAGCACAGUGGAGGGGGUGUUACUGGCACCUGGGCAGCAAAGCUGAGCUCCCAGACCAGCCCUGCUGCUCAGACAGAGGUCUGGCAGGCCCAGGAGGUCCCAGCUUGGGCAAAGGUUGGGGAAGUCUGUAGAGAGUAGGUCUAGUCAAGCCUGGUGAGCUGGAGGCAGUGUCCACUGUGCCAUAUGGUGUAACUCUUUUCCCCAAUAUGAAGGUCGUGAAUAGCAAUCAGCCAGACACCUGCUCAGCAAAGCCUGGGAGAUUAUGGCCUGCCUGAUGACACAGUGGAUGGUGGUUAAACAGAAUCCACAUGCUGUCUUGAGUGCCUGUGUUCAGAAGUGACAUAGGCUUGCUGAGGUGACGUUCAUCACCUUUAAGCACUCAACAAAGGAGCAUUUGCUGAGCCCGAGAGGACUGGUGAUCUCUACUGCUUUGAGCUACCUCUAAUUCCUGGGGAUCCAGGCACCACUGCUCUCAUUACCUGCAGACAAGUUCACUCCAUAGGAGACAGUGUACUCCAACUGGAAGUAAAAAUGAGCAACAGGCCAGGCCAUGGUGGCCUUUAACCCCAGCAGGCAGAUCUCUGUGAGUUUGAGGCCAGCCUGGUCUACAGAGUGAGCUCCAGCACGGCCAGGGCUACACAGAGAAACCCUGUCUCAAAAAACAACAAAAAAAAGUAAUGGAAAGCAGGUUCAUCGGGCCUCCCCUGUGUCAGCAACACGCACUCUCACUUGAGUGACAGUGUCCCUCAGCCGAGAGGCGGCACCCGGAGGCCCCAGGAACUUCAUCUCCCACAGGACUUUGACCAGAAUAGUCAGUCACUCCAACCACACAAACACAAAAAGGCUCGAAAUAUUUCUCAGUCAUUUGUGAGUUAUUCACUGAGCAGACUCUGGCAGUGCCUCUGAGUAAAGCCAGUGGCACAGCAGGGAACAGCCAGGCCUCUCCUUCAGGCUGCUUGUGGGAGAGAUUAGCACACAAUUGUAUCUGUCCAUUGACACCUGAGGGGUGGCAAAGUGCUAGAAGCUGAGAUAGGAUCAAUUUAAGUUCAGGGCCAACAUAGGCUAUAGGAUGAGACUUUGCAGAGGCCUGCAGAGGAGCAGUGACGCCAUGCUGGACACCUAGGCAGGACCUGAGUAGAAUAGCAUGCUGGUCUUCCUCUAUUCCAAAAACGGCUGUGGGAAUGCUGGUGGGAACGGAAUGGACCUGGAGGGCUGGAGGAGCACAGGAUGUGGGGUGGAAGAAGACAGGGGCUCGCGGGGAUGUGCGGGGAAAUGGGUUCUGGUAGAGGUCUCUGGACAGAAGAAUCUAGGAUGAUGAGGUGGAGUCAGGCUCAGCAGCCUGUGGAGGGCUUCUGGGGGACAUCCCUGGCAGGUGGGCCCCCAGACAAACUGCUAUUCAAGAACAAGAUUUCCCAGCCCAUUGGCAGUGACUCCGAUUGAGAAGUUGGAUUGGGGGCUUAGGCUGCACACAGGCUGUCCAGGCUGGAGGAAUGCGGGGUUACACUCCUGUCCUAGUUUGCUUCCUCUUGCUGUGAGUUUUUAAAUUUUUUCAUUAGAUUUAUUUCACGUGAGAGUGUUUUGCCUGGUAUAUGUAUGCUUGGUGCCUGCUGAGGUCAGGAAAGGGUAUCAGAUAACUGAACAUGAGUUCAGAUUGCUGUGAACCACAUGGGUGCCCAAGAGCAAACCAAGUCCUCUGUAAGAGUAACAACUGCUGAGCCAUCUCUCCGGUCUGUUGUCAUUUUAAAAUGCUGAGCAAACCCACCUUAGGAAGAGGGAAAGGGUUCAUGUGGCUUACAUGUCCUGAUCACAGUUCAUCAUUGAAGGAAGUCAGGGCAGGAACCAUGAGGGAACACUGCUUACCAUUUUGCUCUCCAAAGUUUGUUCAGCUUGCUUGCUUAGACAACCCAGUACCAUUUUCCCAGAGAUGCCAUGGCCCACAGUAGGUUGGGCCUUUCCACAUCAAACAUCAAUCAAGAAAAUGCCCUACAGACAUGCUCACAGGCCAAACCUGUGACAGCAAUUCCUCAGUGAAGUCAAAUGAUUUGUGUCACAUUAACAACUAACCAUCACACCUCCACUCAGGAUCAGCAGGCAGAAACAGAAAGCCCUAAGGGCUGGAUUACAGAUCUCACAGGCAAAGGAGAGCAGUGUUUCCCUGUAAGCAAGAGCCCACCCAGACAGCCUUUCCUUCCCCCCCUUUUUCACCAGCCUUCUGUAUGUAAGGGCCAAGGGCACUCU